CUAAUCCAUCAACGCGUGUUUCCGUCCUCAACACCGUAGACGAAAAACACACAUCAAACCCGACGACGACCGAACCGCUGAUCGAGUUUUUAUCAACCAACCACACAUUCCAUCAGACUGCUGUUCUUCUAGAGCCUCGGAAAUCACGAAUUCAUCAAACCAGCCGCUACCAUGUCUGACGUUAACAUCCAGGCACUCCUCAACAAGCCUCGUAACGAGUGCACUGAGUAUGAGAUUGCUCAACUGGAAGCCUAUGAGAUGAGCAAUGGGCCGCUUUCCCUCCUCCAGACGGCCGUCCGCAGUCACUCUCAGGUUUUGAUUAGCAUUCGGUCAAAUCGCAAGCUUCUUGCCAGAGUGAAGGCUUUUGACAGGCAUUGCAACAUGAUUCUUGAGAACGUCAAAGAGAUGUGGACCGAGACUCCAGUACACAACGGAAAGAAGGGCCGGCCGGUGAACAAGGAUCGGUUUAUCAGCAAGAUGUUCUUGCGGGGUGAUAGUGUCAUUCUCGUUUUGCUCAGCUGAUUGGAUUUUUUUUGUUGGACCUUGAGGCUGGCCGGAGAUAACUAGAGUGGCCUACAAAGUUGGCAAACACAACUGCCGUGCUUCGGGGUCUGGUUGACGGCCAAGAGAUUCGGACCGUUUCGCUGCCCUCUCCGGGUUGUCGGGUAGCCGGUGGAGACGUGUAAGGUCGGUAAACAGAGGGUUGGGCGGGUGUCAUUACACCGUGGCGUUUUCAGUUUUCAGGGCUCUUUGCGAAUUUGGCAGAUUCUACAUUUUCGGACCAACCAGUAUAAAUAAAAGCUCGGCGUUGCUUUCGCUAAUCACCAACCAAACGUCCUUUGAACAUGGACCUGGGUGUCGGUAAGGAUGGAUGGGUGGGCAAGUAGUUGAUUGACACUCGACAUGGAAGGGUGGG